AUGGCUCUGAAUGACUGUUUGCUUCUAAACUUGGAAGUGGACCAUUUCGUACACUGCAACAUCUCUAAUCACAGUGUGGAUCGCCCCAUGAACGACGACUGGUUCCACCCGGGGGUCCUGUAUGUCAUCCCUGCAGUUUAUGGGGUCAUCAUUCUGAUAGGCCUCGUUGGCAACAUCACCCUGAUCAAGAUCUUCUGUACCGUGAAGUCCAUGCGAAAUGUACCGAACCUCUUCAUCUCCAGCCUGGCUUUGGGAGACCUGCUUCUCCUGGUAACCUGUGCGCCCGUAGAUGCCAGCAGGUACCUGGCCGACAGAUGGCUGUUUGGCAGGAUUGGCUGCAAACUGAUCCCUUUUAUCCAGCUUACCUCAGUAGGGGUGUCUGUCUUCACACUCACAGCUCUCUCAGCAGACAGGUACAAAGCCAUCGUCCGGCCAAUGGAUAUCCAGGCCUCUCAUGCCCUGAUGAAGAUCUGCCUCAAAGCCGCACUGAUCUGGAUCAUCUCCAUGUUUCUGGCCAUCCCAGAGGCUGUAUUUUCUGACCUACAUCCCUUCCACGAGGAAAGCACCAACCAGACCUUCAUUAGCUGUGCCCCAUACCCACACUCUAAUGAGCUGCACCCCAAAAUCCACUCCAUGGCUUCCUUCCUGGUCUUCUACAUCAUCCCGCUGUCGAUCAUCUCUGUUUACUACUACUUUAUUGCCAAAAAUCUGAUCCAGAGUGCUUGCAAUCUACCCGUGGAAGGGAAUAUACACGUCAAGAAGCAGAUCGAAUCCCGGAAGCGCCUGGCCAAGACAGUGCUAGUGUUUGUGGGCCUCUUUGCCUUCUGCUGGCUCCCCAACCACGUCAUCUACCUGUACCGCUCCUACCACUACUCCGAGGUGGACACCUCCGUGCUCCACUUCGUCACCAGCAUCUGUGCCCGCCUCCUGGCCUUCACCAACUCCUGCGUGAACCCCUUUGCCCUCUACCUGCUGAGCAAGAGUUUCAGGAAACAGUUCAACACCCAGCUCCUCUGUUGCCGGCCCAGCCUGAUGACCCGGUCUCAGAGCACCGGCAGGAGCACCACCUGCAUGACCUCCUUCAAGAGCACCACACCCUCCGCGGCCACCUUCAGCCUCCUCAACGGAAACAUCUGUCACGAGGGGUACGUCUAG